AUGGAAACAGAAUUAUUUACCAGCUACAUUGCUCUGCUGAUACAUGCUGUAGUACCUAUCAUAAUAGGUAGCAAACAAUCUCUUUCAUCUGGCCAAGUCGAAUCUUUAGAAACAAAGGAUGCCUUUAUGUUUCCCGUGGUUGGAUCGUGUGUCUUGUUCAGUUUAUAUUUAUGUUUCAAAUUCUUGAGCGAAGCUUGGAUUAACUUUGUCAUGAGUGCAUACUUUACAAUUUUGGGUAUUGGAGCUAUUGCAACAGCGUUACAUCCAUUGUUGAACGCCAUUGUACCAUAUCAUAUGACCGAUAAGAGCAAAGAAGGUGCUCAAAAGUAUCGCUACACCCUCCGUAUUCCUGUUGUUGGUUGGACCUUUGAAUUUUCGUUUGUUGACAUUAUUGGAACAAUUAUUGGAACUAUUGCUGGUGGUAUUUAUAUUUACACAAAACAUUGGAUCACAAACAACAUAUUCGGAGAAUGUUUCUCGAUGGUUUCAAUUCAAUUAAUUCAGUUAGGAUCUUACAAGGUUGGAGCCAUUCUUUUGAUUGGUCUUUUCUUUUAUGAUAUUUUCUGGGUCUUUGGAACUGAAGUCAUGGUCACAGUAGCCAAGAAAUUUGACGCUCCAAUCAAGGUUGUUUGGCCUAAGGCUGGAGGCUUUUCUCUUUUGGGCUUGGGCGACAUUGUCAUUCCAGGCAUUUUUGUUGCUCUCAUGCUUCGAUUUGAUUAUUAUCUUUACAAGAAGUACAAGACAGGAGCCUUUUCCAAGACCUAUUUCAUUGUCACAUUUAUUUCUUACAUUAUUGGAUUGGUCCUUACCAUUGCUGUACUGCACAUUUUCCGUGCCGGACAACCUGCCUUAUUGUACAUUGUACCUUGUGUUUUGGGAGGUUCUUUUAUGACUGCUGUGUUUAAAGGACAAGUUAGCGAGUUGUUUGCUUAUCAUGAUGACAAGCUUUUAGAAAUUGAAAAUCCAGAGUUAGCCGAGCAAAAGAGAAGAGCUGCUGAGGAAAAGAAACAAGAUUAA